AUUGCUACCCCGACCCCCACGAUUGCUGUAUAGUGCAUGUAGAGCGUCACGCGAAAGGUCACUGGUCUGGAAUAGACGAUGUUGAAACUUAGACACGCGGCCGGCUACGGAUAGGUCGUAACUGCCAGGGGUUAAAUUACAUAUCUCCCUUUUCUAAGGGUACGAAAACUCUAAAGGUAAUCUUUACCUUACUGAUUGUCAAUUCGCGGGAUCAGUUCGAAUUAUCCGGGGUUUAGCUAAUCUAAUAUCACAUCCUACUAUACGACAUAUAUGUGGCGUGAAUACAAUUUGUUGAAGUUGACAUUUUCAAUACAAACUUGCAUACCUCACGAAUCAUGGGUUCUAACGACGUUGCAACUCUUGUCAACCCGUUACAUCCUACUCUAGUCGAGAGGCUCGACCCGGCCUUUACCGAGAUCUACAUUCGCUACCAAGCAUCCAAACUACGAGCUGAUCAAGUUUCCUACGAAGAGUAUGAUCGUGACCGAAAGAAAUACGACUUCCCGACAGCUAAAGUCGCCGGACCGGCGCCAGACGUAGCCAGCACCAAGAUCUACCAAGUUCCCGUCUCGAAUCCUUCUGGUGAAAUAGCUAUACAGGCGUACGUGCCUACACCGGAAGCAAUCAUCAGUGCCGGGCUUGAACGGGAAGGCUUGCUCCCGGCACUCGUGAACUUCCAUGGUGGCGGCUUUGUAAUCGGAGGCCUAGACUCUGAUGAAUCUCUGUGCCGAAAGAUCUGCCAGAGGGUUGGCUGUAUUAUAGUAAACGUCGCAUACCGGCUUGCUCCAGAAUAUCCUCACCCAGUUUCGGCAACAGAUAGUUGGCAGGCGCUGAAAUGGAUAUUUAAAAAUGCAGACGCGUUGAAGAUAGAUCCCUCACGCGUGGGCGUCAGCGGACUUUCCGCCGGAGCGUGUAUUGCGGCAGUUCUCGCGUUACAGGCUCGGGAUGACCCGAGUUUACCACGUCUUGCCGUGCAAUUGCUCAUCGUGCCGGUGGUUGACGCGAGAUUCGUCCCGAAGGAGGGUUCGUGCGACCCUACGAAUACGCCGUAUAGGAGUUAUAUCGACUUCGAAUUCGCGCCGAUGUUACCUCUCAACCGUCUAGUAUGGUUCUAUAACCUGUGGCUGGGAACUGAUGAAAGCCGCGAAGAGAAGGCAAAAGACUUUCGUGCGUCACCAAUCGUCGCCGAUUCGCAUGCCGAUCUAGCGCCGGCUAUCAUCCGUUGCGCCGAAAUCGACCCACUGGUAUCAGAGGGGAUUGCAUAUCAUGAGAAACUAACAGCAGCUGGAACUCCCAGUAAAAUUAAAGUCUACAAGGGACAAGGACAUCCAUUUGGCCAUUGGGAUGGAUCUAACCCGACGUCGAAGGAGUUUGUUACUGAUUGUGUCAAUGAGUUAAAGGCUGCCUUUGCUAAGAAUUAACGGGCCUUUUUUGCUCCCUUACUAUUGACAUAUAUUACAAUGAAGCACAAGUUACACGAUCUUUAGUCUUGUGAGACUUGGCUAUAUGGUUGGUAGUGUAUGACUUACCAAGUAUGUAUAGGUAACCUAGCUAUAGCAACUUGUCACUAUAUGUCUUUUGAUUAGAAUAAGCGAGAGCUGUAUAUCGAACAUUAUAAGCAUUAAUACAAAAAUAAUUGUAUGUACCUAAGUAGGUACUUUAGGAGAUGUGCCUCUAGGC